CUACAACUCCCAGCGUUAACGGCAACACGUCACAACUAGAACCGACACAGAACAGACCACGUGAUUCAUACACUGUUUUUCUAAACGCAUCAGAAUUUUUUCUUUAGUUAUUUAGUUAGCGACAGUGUUUUGUUUAAUUUUCUCUACCAUUUUACUAAAGCGGAGAUGGAAGUGGAAACGGCACGACCUUAUUUUUUCGGUGACAUCGGUUUCUGGUCAGAGAGGACAGAGGUUCAUAAGGCUGCGUGUCAGGGACAGGUGUCAGAGCUGCAGAGUUUGAUCCAGAGGGGAGCUUCGGUGAAUAUUGUGGCUGUGGACUCCAUCACUCCGCUCCACGAGGCAGCUGCGUGUGGACAGACACAGUGUGUGAGACUGCUGCUGGACGCUGGGGCUCAGGUUGAUGCCAGGAACGUGGAUGGCAGCACUCCACUGUGUGAAGCGUGCUCUAUCGGGAACUUUGAGUGUGUGAGGCUUCUUUUGGAGUAUGGAGCAAAAGUCAACCCCAUGCUGACCUCUCGUACCACCUCUCCUCUACACGAGGCCUGCAUGGGAGGUAAUGCAGAUUGUGUGAGGCUAGUGAUUGCUAAAGGAGCCAGUCUGGAGGCGUAUGACCUGUACUACGGUACUCCUCUACAUGUGGCAUGUGUCAAGCGACAUCUGGAGUGUGUCAAAGUGCUACUGAAUGCAGGUGUGCAAGUAAAUGUCGCUAGGCUACACGAGACGCCCUUACAUCAUGCUGCCAAGUCCAACAAUGUGGAUAUGAUUGAGCUGCUGGUGGAGUUCGGGGCCAACAUUUACGCCCGAGACAAAUAUGACAGAAAGCCAGUCGACUACACAAGGCCAGAUACGUCCUCAGCACAAUAUCUUCAGCUUUAUGAGAGUAACCCUCUUUCUCUGCAGCAGCUGAGCCGUAUCGCCCUGAGGACGCUGUUGGGCGUCCGAGCUGUGGAUGUGGUGGUCAAACUGGAUAUUCCCAACCGUAUUAUCAGUUACCUCUUAUACCAAUGAACUCUUUCUUUAGAAGUUCACAGAUACCAUGGAAAUAAUUUUUACCUCAGAUGCAAAACAAACAUAUGAAGCACUGAAAUAUCUCCAAAAAUAAAUAUUAGUUAUAUUGGCAAUUUAAUGCAUUAAAGGUGAACUAUGUAAAAGUUAAGUUUAAAGUUUGCUUGUAAAUGAAAAUUCUGUCUCAGUUUCAUGACUUUAUCCCAAUGGGGUCCAAAAUAACCUUUAGUCCCUACUGAAUGAAGAAAAAGUGCUGAGAUAUUUUUAAAAAUACCUUCAUAGGGAGUAAAUGGCAGACUGUCCUUUUAAGUAAUAAGCACAACAGAUUACAUAAAUAGGAAGCACUUCUUAAUAGCACUUCUCAGCAGAACAGUCUAUAUUUUGUUGUAAAAUAUGUUGUCUUAAUGUGUCUGAGGUGAAUUUAGGACUGAUGGAAACCAUUAUAUGUACACUAAAUAUUGCCGCAAAAAAGAGCAGGAGAUAGAGACCCAAAAGAGAGGAAAUACUUAAUCUGGCAGCUGUCUACAUUCAGGAACUCCUCUGACCACUAAAUGAAGUCCAGGGAAACUUUUAGUCGCUCAGACAACGGACACUAUGCACAACACACAGCAUUGCUGGAAACGAGCAUGUUAACAUCCUCAUGCUCUCAUUAGAGAUUCAUUAUAGGAGAUCACAGCAGCUACAACAAAGUCUUAUUGAUAAAACACCGGCAUUCGUAUUAUGACAUCAAGCACUUUGAGUUAUACCACCGUUUCGCCACAUUCAUUGUCCGUGUUCCGCUAUAGUGACGCCACAGUGACACUGACAGAAACCAGUUUACAGCUGUGUUUUAUUGUAGUGCUGUUGUUUUAGUACACCGGUUGUAAUAUUUUACAAUUCAGGUGAAGGAUUUAAUAUAGUAUAUAUGUCUGUUUCCUCAAACUUUUUUUCUGAAUUGUUGAAAAGAUAUUAAGAUUGCAUGAAUUUAAC